AUGGUCACCAAGCCAAGCCAGGCACGGCAAAGGCCGUUGGUGUCGAAAAUGGCCGGUACCACUCAUAUCCUCGUGAGCACAACAUCCCAAGGCUUGCCUCAUGGUUCACGACAAUUUAUGAGAAAAGAAAUGAGAAAUGGGGAAGGACCCGUGGUGAGAAGAGCGUUGAUGUCAAUGUCGAUACAAAGUAAUCACUCACCUUAUGCGAAGGCGAACUAA